CAACUAUUUGUCUAUUAGUACUCCUAUAGUUCAACACUCAUGGACAAAGGAACCCCCAAAAGAAGUAGAAAAACCAUGGAGAAAGAAAGAAGAAACAACAUGAAAAACCUUUAUUCUCAACUCAACUCUCUUAUCCCUAAUCAGGAUCCCUCAAGGCCACUUCCGGAUCAAUUAGAUGAAGCAACAAACUACAUCAAGCAACUACAAGGAAACGUCGAAAAUUUGAGGCAAACUAGGGAUGGAAUGAUGGGAGUUGGAGGAUCACAAGGUAGUUCCAGCACUAGACCUGGCUACUCCUCGAACUCGUCAGUCCAAAUUGAAGUGAAUGAAAAUGGGAGUGCUCUUGAGGUUACUUUGGUUACUGGAUUAGAGUGCCAGUUUGUUUUUACUGAGGCUGUCCGAAUUCUUCACGAGGAAAAUGCUGAAGUUGUGAACGCUAGUUAUUCUGUUGCUGAGAACACUGUCUUUCAUACCAUUCAUGCGCAGAUAGGUGAGGCUGCGACAAGUGAUGCUGGUGCAAGGAUCACUCGAAGGUUGAAGAAUUUUGAGAUUUAAUAGUUCGGCUUAUGGUAUAGAAGCAUAUAAGUUAUUUCCAAUGAAUAUCCAUAUAAUAAUUUCAAGUUGUUAUGUUGGCGAAAGCCUAAUCCCUAGUAACUAUGUAUUGUGAUUGUUGUACUUUCGAUCCGACGUGAUCUUACCCAUGUUAACUUAUGGAAG